AUGUUGCGAAUAGCGUUAUUAUCUUUAAUAUUAUUCGUAACAUUAUCCUCAAUAUCAACAUCAAUUAUACGUAAAACACGUUUACGCCGACAAUUUGAUCCAGAAUAUUGUCAUGCUAUUGAAGGUUUCGAAUGUAAAUGCUCAUAUUAUCGUGUAAUAUGUACUAUUGAUGAUGAAUUGCCAUCACCAAUAAAUAUUUUAGACGACGAAAAACAGAAAUAUAAAUCAGUUGAGUUAAGUAUAAGAGUUGUACAUGAUAUUAUUGUUAAUGAUCAUACAUUUGAACCGAUCAAAGAGUUAUACAAACUUGAUGGAGAUCAUUUAGAAUUUCGUAUUAAAUUUGAAAAAUUUACUGCACUUAAUUUAUCAUCAUCUGGAAUUUUUAAUCGAGUAUUUCCAGAUAAUUUAUCACAAAAUGCACGAAAAAAUUUGACAUUAGAAAUUUACAAUCCACUAGUUUCACCAAGUGAUGAUUCAAAUUUAUUUCAAAAUUUAAAUGCAGAUCAAUUGGAAGUUUAUGUAUUAUAUCCAUUUCAUGGUACAUUUCAACAAUUAUUUAAUGGUUCCAAUAUCAAAUACUUACGUAUGAGUGGUGGUGAUAUUCGCUCUGAUGCUUCACAAUCAUUUACAGGCAAUAUUGGUCGUUUAGAAUUAGCUAAACUAGCUAGUGCAUUAUCCGUACAAAAUUUUCCUGUUUAUCCAGCACAUGAAUUUAUCAUAAAUGCAUUUUAUGUAACUGAUUUUAAUCAUGAACAUCCACCAAAUUAUGUUAAUUUAGCUGAAAUACGUGUUUAUAGUCUUGAACGUAUACCUGCAAAUGCUUUUCGUCGAUUUCCUAAUAUACAUACUUUAUCAGUUGAAACUGAUGGAGAUAUUGAUCUACAUGCAUUUGAUGGUUUAACUCAUUUAGAAAAAUUAACAAUUAAAAGUGAAAAACUAAACUUAGAUAUUUUCAAUAAUUUACCAAAUCUUAAAGAAUUUGAAACAAAUGUUGAAGAAUUAGAUGAAAAAACACAAUGUAAAUUAGUUGAAAAAUUAGCUGAUGGACAAGUUGCUGUUCAAGCUAUUUCAAAUAGUUAUGGAUGUACAUGUAUAUUAGCUUAUUUGGACACAGCUGCGGGACGAAUACCAUGUGAUGCACAACAUUGUGAAAAUUCAUCAUGUGAUACAAUUAAAAAUAAUUACAAUGCAAACACAAGUACAUUUAAUGUUCCACCACCUAUCCAACGUUCAGAUGGUACAGAUGCUUUACGUGAACAUAAACCACGGGUGUAUACCGUACCAUUUCAAGUACCAUCUCAAGAUCAAGAAAAGUUUCAACAAGGCACAUCACAACAACUACUAGAAGCUGAUCCUCAAAGACCUAAUGCUGAUGAACAAAAUCUAUGGGAAUCAGAUGAAUCUUAUAAUCCUGAAAAUUUGGAUUCUUGGUUUGAACAGGAUUCAUGUUCAGCUGGCAAAUAUCUUUAUGAAGGUCAAUGUAUUCUAUGUACGCCUGGCUACUAUUGUCCAGAUGAGUGUCUUGAAGGAUGGUAUUCAACACGCGAUACACAGGAAACAUGCUUAAUGUGUCCGAAAGGUUUUUAUUGUCCAAUAAGCAACCAAGAGCCACAAGCAUGUCCCGUUGGAUAUUAUAGUCACUAUGCUGCCACCGAGUGUACAAAGUGUCCUCCAGGAUAUUAUACGACCUAUACAAAUUCAAGCUAUUGUUUUCAAUGUCCAAUGGGCUACUCCUGUACGGAUCCAACCCAGUGCCCACAGCCAUGUCCAGCUGGAACGUAUCAACCACAUAUCAUGUCCACAUCGUGUGAACCAUGUCCUGAUGAACAUCAAUGUGGAACUACUACAAAUCUCAUUCAAUGUACAGCAACGUCGUGUAUUCAAGCAGAAGCAUGGUCAUGCGACCAGAGUCGAUUGGGUCCUCCAGCAUCUGUUUGCACAAAUAUGGGUUAA